AUGGCGUCCUCGUCCUCGUCAUCGCCAUCGUCAUGGCCGACCUUGGACGCAUUCAUGCUUGAUCUCACUGGGCGCCUGCGCGAGGGAGGAAGCACCAGCCUCACCCAGUUCGAGACCAGCAUCAACGGCGACUGUUAUGACUGGCUCGAUGAUUACCUCGAUAACAUCGAGGCCCAGGGCAGACGUGCGCCUAUCGCCGAGCUCAUGAAGACACCCUCACGCACCGCCACUGCCAAGAAGACACGCGCGACGGCAACAGCCAACAAGGCCCGCGCCGAGCAGAUUCGGCAGUUCAACCUCGCCCACAGCCCGCUCACCAAGACGCCUGCCGGACGUAUCCCCUUCUCCCCUCUGAGGCUGCAAGAUGCCAACUCCGUAGCCCAGUCACCUUCCCGCCCUUCCCGCCCCCCACUCAAAGGCAUAUCGCUUGUCCUUACGCCCAUGAAGGAAGAAGCUCCCAAGCCGGCACCCAAGAAGCGCGGACGGCCCAAGAAGAAUGCCGACGUCGAUAAGGAGAACGCUCAACCUGAAGACGCCCCUUCGAAGAGCACACGGAGUGCUUCCGCCAAGGCAACGCCGGCAUCCACCGCGACCAAGUCCACCAAGACGAGAAAGGGCAAGGCGAAGAAGGAGGCCAAGGUUGCCGAGCCUGAGCCUGAACCUGAGCCAGUCGCAGAGCCCGAGGCCGCUGCCCAGCCAGAACCUGCACCUGAAGUCGAGGCUGAGUCAGAGCCAAUCCCCGUCGUCGAGGAGCCUCCAACUCUUGCUGCUGCCAUGGCUGCGGCCGAGGAGGAAGCGUUGGCCGAGUCUAUUGUGGUGGAAGACUCGUUCGAGACCAUCAACCUGGAGCCAUCCACCGAGGCUGUCGCGGACGAAGGAGCCGAAGCCAUGGAGGUGGACGAACCUACCCCUGUUACCCAGCAUGUUGUUCACGUCUCCCCUGCCAAGGAAGCCACUCCACCCAAGUCGCCCUCUCCCGAGCUCACCAAGUCACCUUCACCCGUCAAGGUGGUCUCUCCCGUCAAGAGGGAUUCCCCCGCAAAGGAAACCAGCCCACCCCGGCCUUCCGUUCCGACGCGCCAGGUCCGCUCGUCAUGGCUUAGCCAGGCGCUCGGCACCAGCACUGUUCCCGUCGGCCACCGGUUAAGCACCCAGCUUGACCCUCUGCGCAAGAGCCAGAUGGCCUCGAGCCAGAGCAAGCGCAAGUCCGACGCGGACGAGGACGAGAUUGCGACCUCUGACAAGAGACCCGACAAGGUUGCGCGAUUCGACUCGACCACUGCCACCGACGCUGCCUCUGGGCUUCCCAUGUCGCCGAAGCAAUUCACCUAUUCGCGCCCUCCAGCCUCGGCAAAGUCGCUGCCUCAGGCCGAGGUCAGCACCCCCGCCAAUGCUGCCACUCGUCUCGCUGCGACGUCUGUUCCCCAGGCCCGCAUGUCGAAGCUUCAGGAGAUGAAGGAGCGCACCGCCGCCGCCGCGGCUGCCCGGCAGCUGGAGAAGGCCGCCGCCUCCUCUUCUGUUGAACAGGCAUCUACAAACGGCGGAUUUCUCCGUAACCUGGGCGGCUUCCUCGGCCGCUCCGCUGACACUGGUAACGCCCGUGACCGCGAGGCACAGGAGGUGGCCGAGCGCGAACUGUCGCGCGUCUUGCAGGAGUUACAUGAGCAGGACCAGAAGGCCGAGGAGGCUCGGGUUGCCCAGGAGAUCGAGGCUGCCAUGGCUGUCGGGAUGGAAGACGCGUUCGAGGUGGAAGACUUUGGUGACCGCGCAAUCGUCAUCGACGACGAGUCGGCAGAUGAGUACGAGGUCAACGACUCAGUCACUCUCCCUUCGCUCCCUGGCGACAACUCGUACUUGGACGAUGACGACGACGACGAGCCUAUGCAGGAGACCGCACUGUCUGCCCUCGCUGCUGCUGGCAUCCAGAUCCCCACGACCACGCCUGCCCGGACACCACCUCGGCCUCAACAGUCGCGGAUCGCGCGGGCCAUCAACUCGCCUACUCCCGCCGCCCGGCCGCGCGGGAUGACUCCCACUAUUGUCGUCUCACCUCCUCCCAAGCCCAACGCCUCCAAGCCCACGCGGACCAACAGCCGUGCGCCGAGUCGUGCCACGACCCUCGCUCAGACGCGCGGCGUCACUCCGUCCCGCGAACUGGAUGACGAGGCGGAUGACGAGGACGACGAGGCAUACGCCAAGGCCCGUAAGGGAGCGUCGUCUCGCAACGCUCUCAACUCGUCCGUGUCGUCAAGUGUCAGCACCCUCACGCAGGCUGAGCGCAUCGCCGGCAAGGUUCUCGGUGUCAAGGCUACCCCCAACCGCGUCAAGAGUGUGCAGGCUGCUGAGGUCGCCGCGAAGAAGGAUCGCGAGGAGAGGGAGCGCCGCGCAAAGAUGCGCGAGCAGCUUGAGCGUAAGAAAGCCGAGGACAAGAAGCGCCGUGAAGAGGAGGACCGGGUUAAGGAGGAGGAGGAGCGGGCCAAGCGGCGCGCCGACGAGGAGGAACGUCGUCGCAAGCUCGCACACAGCGACAAGAUACGUCGCCUGAAGAUGGAGAAGGCCGAGCAACAGAAGAAGCAGCGCGAGGCCGAGGAGCAGAAAGCGGCCGAGAAGGCAGCCGAGGAGGAGGCCGCUGCUCUUGUCAAGCGUAGGGCUGCUGCUGCGGCCAAUAGGCUCAGCCGCAGCCAGAGCACGAGCAAUCUCACAAAGGCGACAGCCAGCUCACUCAGCAAGGCUGCCGGUACCAAGACACCAGCCACCAUGAAGCGCCUUGUGCCAACCCCGAGCAAAGUGACGCAGCCUCUGAACCCUUCCAAAACGACCAACGCCAAGGCUGGCCCAAGUGUCUUCCGCGUUGAGCAAGAGGAAAGUUGCUCGACCUCGUCGAUCAAGGCCGUGAAUCGCCCGACUCUGGGCCCACCUUCGCGCACCUCUGGCAUGGGCCACUCCGCUGCCGGACCGUCCAACCCAGCGCCAGUGCGUACGCACGCUGCUACGGCACUCCAGCAGCAGCGCGCGACACUCCAGGCGCAGCUCGACCAGAAGGCUCUGGACGCAGAAUCGGAGAACAUUGUGCUGCCUGACAUCAACUCGGAAUACUCGGACUCGGACGACAGCGACCGCGAGACCGACUUUAAGCGGCCCAAGUGGGCCGACAGCCCCGAGCUCAAGGAGGCGCUCGAGAUGCAGGCGAGCGUCAACCCGGACGAGCUGUUCGGGCCCAUCCGCCCAUUGAACAUGGAGGAGCUGUUUAACGCGCGCGUCGGCAAGUUCCGUGCGCGCACAUCGUCCGCCAACUGGAGCGGCGCGGACCGCCUCACCGAAGCCGAGGAGCGCGAGUACGCGCGCCGCAUGGGCUUCAAGGCGAUCAAUGCGCCGCGCGACGGUGGCCAGUAG